CUUGAAAAAGGGGUACGUUUGAAAUUGCUGUUGAUGGGGAGAAACCGCAUUCAACUGGAGUUCAAAAAAUGAUAGAAACAAUGGCCUCUAUCCUCAUCACCUCUCUCCACCACGCCUGCUUCUCCCCGCGUCCACUCCUUCGAUCCGGCCGGUGCUGUCACUGAAAUAUGCGACGGCUUACAGAUACACAGCGUGCCUUGCAGGCGGUGGAGCGUCUCCAGGCCAAACUGAAGGAGCGGGGGGAGGUGCCCACCGAGGAGAAGCUCAGCCUGCUCAAAUCAGUGCUCCAGAGCCCCCUCUUCCACCAGAUCCUGGCCUUGCAGAAGUCUGUCCAGCAUCUCAGAGACCAGGAGAGUGUCCCAGUAUCGAGUGGGAGUGACCGCAGCGAUCACGAUGCAGCAGUCAAACCCAAUGGCGGCCAUGUUGCCAUCUCAGACGUAUCAGCUUCUAUACUCAUCAAUGGCAAGACCUCAUGUGACGAAUUUGAACAGCUUGUUAACACCAUGGCGCAGGGGCGCUGCGUGACUCAAGUGGACCUACAAAAGCCAGAAUCAGGAGGUCUCGGCUUCAGCGUGGUGGGCCUAAAGAGCGAGAACCGAGGAGAGCUCGGCAUCUUCAUCCAGGAAAUUCAACCAGGAAGUGUGGCUGACUGUGAUGGGAAGCUCAAAGAAGCUGACCAGAUCCUAGCCAUCAAUGGCCAGCUCCUGGACCAGAGAGUGACCCACCAGCAGGCUAUAGGAAUCCUGCAGAGUGCGCCAGAGAGGGUGCAGCUCGCUGUGGCUAGAGGACCAAUACCUCAGCUGGUCAGUCCUGCGGUGUCCCGCACGCCCUCGGCUGCCAGUACGCUGUCAGCCAGCUCCAGUGCGUGGCAGCACGUCGAAACGAUUGAGCUGGUAAACGAUGGCACUGGACUCGGCUUCGGUAUUGUGGGAGGAAAGACCACUGGGGUUAUUGUCAAAACCAUCCUUCCUGGAGGCAUAGCUGAUCAGGAUGGCCGCCUGCGCAGUGGGGACCACAUCCUGAGGAUCGGAGACACUGACCUGUAUGGCAUGGGCAGCGAGCAGGUGGCCCAGGUCCUCAGGCAGUGUGGUGACAGGGUGAAGCUGGUGGUUACCAGGGGUCCUGUGGACGAGAACCCCUCUCUCUCUGCUGUCAUGCCUGUGGUGCUCCCCACUGUCAAUGAACAGGGCUACGAGGAAGAGGAGGACGAAGCAUUUGAUGUGAGCCUUACCAAGAACACCCAGGGACUGGGGAUCACUAUUGCUGGCUAUGUUGGAGAUAAAAAUGCAGAGCCCUCUGGCAUUUUUGUUAAGAGCAUAACAAAAGACAGUGCCGUAGAUCAAGAUGGCCGUAUUCAUGUUGGAGACCAGAUAAUAGCUGUGGAUUGCGUAAACAUCCAGGGAUACACCAAUCAGCAGGCAGUGGAAGUGCUCAGACACACAGGCCAGACAGUCCACCUUAAGCUGAUCCAGCGGGGCUUCAGGCCUGAGGAGAUCCCCCCUAAUGUGGCCCCCGUUGUCACCGUCCCGCCCCUUUCCACCACCAUCCCCACCACCACUGUCGUCAUGAUGGAGCUGGAGCUGGAGAAGAACAAGGCCGAGGAGGCUGCUCAAGUCACUGCAGAUGAAAAGCCGCCCCAGACAAAGAGUGAAGGAUCUGAUGUCAGCCCAGCCGCGGAUCAGCUUACAGAAGACAAACAUGGGAUGGAGCUAACACCCUUUGAAGAGGGGGAUCUCAUGAAGAAGUGGCAAGACAUUCUGGGUCCAAGUAAUGAAGUUGUAGUGGCACAGGUGGAGAAGUUUAGUGAGAACAGUGGGCUGGGCAUCAGUCUAGAAGCCAACAGUGGGCAUCAUUACAUCCGCUCUGUUCUACCUGAGGGACCCGUCGGUCGCUGUGGCAAGCUGUUCAGUGGAGAUGAACUGCUUGAGGUCAAUGGUUUAUCCCUGAUUGGUGAAACCCACAAGGAAGUAGUCAGAAUCUUGAAGGAGCUUCCACUUUGCGUAAACAUGACAUGCUGUAGGCCCGCCCCUCACCUGCAGACUGACAUGGAUGCUGUCCAACCAGAAUCAGAGACUUUGUCAACAACAUCACAAUUAAAGAAACAAAUGGACCAGAGCAGCGUACUUGCUGAAGACUCAGAGGUGAAUGUAGCGGCAGCGGCACGGGAUAAUGCGACAGUGGAGACGAUAGGAUCUUCUUUGGCUAUGUGGGAAUUGGAGAUCCAGAACAUCGAGCUUGAAAAGGGAGAAGGGGGAUUGGGAUUCAGCAUUCUGGACUACCAGGACCCACUGGACCCCGCCAAGACGGUGAUCGUGAUUCGCUCUCUGGUUCCCAGCGGUGUGGCCGAACAGGAUGGCAGACUGUUGCCAGGAGACCGACUCAUGUACGUUAACACCACCAACCUAGAGAACGCCAACCUGGAGGACGCUGUCCAGGCCCUGAAGGGAGCCAACCUCGGCAAGGUCCAGAUAGGAGUUGCCAAGCCACUGCCUGGAAUAUGUGGAUAUUCCCACUCUCCACACCCAUAUGGUGAGCAGGAAAUUACUUCAUCAUCCACCAUCCAUUCAUUUGACUUCAUAAAUAUUUGGGUUGAAGGAGAGGAAGAAGGACUGACUGAGGGCAUCGUUUACCGAGCAGAGCCUGCAUUGAUUGACACCUGUGAAGCGGACCUGUCUGACGAAAAGGUGUUAGAUCUUACUUACUCUGGGACAGAGGACGACACUUUCCAGGCAUCCAUGAUUGCUCUUCAUGGUAGCAGCUGCAGCGCAGACCUGGAUUACCUGCACUCAUCCACGCCCAAGCUGACAGCUCGCCUGGACUUGUUGGAUGAGCGUCCCUGCUUUGCAGCGCCGGACGACACACAAGCGUUCUCCCCGGAGAAGUCGGCCUCUUUCACUCCGCCGAGCUUGAGAGGUCAUACCCCGACUUUUAAUGCCAUAUUGAGCAGUUCUGAUCAGUUCCUGGCACAGCACUCGACCCAAGAAGAACCAGCGGAGAGCUCAAACUCAUACAGCCCGUUUGCUGAAAUAGGGACAAGAUCGCCUGUCCCAGAUGAACCUGUGGAGUCUCUUCACUAUCAGCAGGAGCCAACCAUGUCUUUUGAAGAUUUCGGAGAUAUAAAGCUCUUGAUGAAGGGCGAGGAGACCGGUGUGAAAGAAUCAGCAGAAGGUGAUAAGGAAGCACUGACCUCGGGGAGCAAUUUUGAAAGGACGAUCACAGUUGUCAAGGGCAACUCCAGCCUAGGGAUGACCGUGAGCGCCAUGAAAGACGGUUUGGGAAUGCUGAUCCGCAGUAUAAUCCACGGUGGGUCCAUUAGCCGUGACGGACGCCUGGGUGUCGGUGAUCUCAUCCUGGCCAUCAACGGAGAGCCCACAGCCAGCAUGACCAACGCUCAGGCUCGCGCCAUGCUUAGACGACACUCUCUCAUUGGACCAGACCUGGGAUCUGCUUGUGCACCUGAGGACGAUCUGUGCCCAUUUUAUGUCAUUACAUAUGUUCCAGCAGAGUAUCUGGAGGAGUACAAGGCCAGCCGAGAGCCGGCUAAAGAGGAUCUCUUCUGUGAAACGGCUCCAUUCCCAGGAGCAGAUCCAAAAGAUAUUCCGAGCCUCCCUGAACGGGAAGAUGGCGAGGGAGAGGAGAGUGCCACUUCUAGCAACUGGAACCAACCUAGGAACCUGCGUACCUUCCUCAGAGUGGAGCUCUUCCGAGCGCCAGGCAAGUCCUUGGGUAUCAGUAUUGUCGGGGGCAGAGGGAUGGGCAGCCGGCUGAGCAAUGGAGAGGUGAUGAGGGGCAUUUUUAUCAAGCACAUCCUGGAGGACAGUCCUGCUGGACAGAACGGGACCCUGAAGACCGGAGACAGAAUCAUAGAGGUGGAUGGAGCAGAUCUAAGAGAUGCUAGUCACGAGGAGGCAGUGGAGGCCAUACGCAGGGCAGGCAACCCUGUGUCCUUCUUGGUCCAGAGUAUUAUCCACAGGCCCAGGUCAUCGGUAACAGACUCCAGUGAGGAGAGAGCUGCAGCUAAGACGAGGGACAAGGACAAGGAGGGUUACAGUCACAGUAGACUUUUCCUCCGCCUCUCCCCAACUAACCCUUUCACUCCUACCCCGUUUAAGCCUGUGAAGCGUGACGCGGCUAAGGCAUCUCCCAGCAGCCCUGUCCUCUUCCUGCCAGUGGUGCCCCAUGUGGGAGAGACUGAUACAGACACGCUGACAGAGAUUCCUGGCAGACCUGCUGAGGAAGAGGAGGAGAAUGAGGAAGAGGAGGAGGAGGAGGAGGUGGACGAGUUUGGAUCCAACUGGAAGAACAUAAUCCAGCGCUAUGGCAGCCUCCCGGGUGUCCUACACAUGAUUGAGCUGGAGAAAGGCAAGACGGGCCUGGGCCUCAGCCUGGCGGGGAACAGGGACCGGUCUCGCAUGAGCGUGUUCGUGGUGGGAAUAGACCCCAACGGGGCGGCCGGCAGGGACGGACGUAUGGCAGUGGGGGAUGAGCUGCUGGAGAUCAAUGGGCAAGUCCUUUAUGGCCACAGUCACCAGAAUGCGUCCUCCAUAAUCAAGAGCUCUCCAUCCCAAGUCAAAAUCAUCUUUGUCAGGAACGCGGAGGCGUUGAACCAGAUGGCUGUGGGACCUGUGAGAGAACCCGAGGGAGACACAGUGGAGCCCCACACUGAGCUAGAAGCGACUGCUGCUAAUGGUGAUGCCGAUACUUCAAAAUAUGUGCAUCACAGCAUAAAGCUGAAGGAGGACGGCGGAAUCGGCAUCACAUAUGUGGAGGGGAAAAACGACAGUGAAGUUGAGAUUCAGAGUAUAUCUGAAGUGAAGGGAGAUGCAGGCAAAGAGGGCUGCGUAAAACCAGGGGACAAACUCUUAGCUGUGAAUGGUGAAUCAGUGCCAGGCUACACUUUGGAAAAGUCAACCUGCCAGGACGCGGAUAGCUCGGAUGAGGUCUUUGCCAGCCGACCCAGCAUGCCUAGUGCCACCACGAGUACCCCGAGUCAACCGCCGACGGAAGCAGUCACUAGUCAGAGUCGCUCUUCCACCCCUUCCACUCUGGCCUGUGACCCGACGACCUGUCCCAUCAUCCCCGGCUGUGAGACCACCAUUGACAUCUCCAAGGGCCGCACGGGCCUGGGCCUUAGCAUUGUGGGAGGCUGUGACACCCUGCUGGGGGCCAUCAUUAUCCAUGAAGUUUAUGAAGAGGGAGCAGCCUCAAAAGAUGGCAGGCUCUGGGCAGGAGACCAGAUCCUGGAGGUGAACGGCAUCGACCUGCGUGACGCCACUCACGACGAAGCCAUCAACGUGCUGCGGCAGACCCCGCAGAGAGUCCGGCUGGCGGUCUACAGGGACGAGGCCCAGUACAAGGAGGAAGACCUGUGGGACUCGUUCACUGUGGAGCUCCACAAGAAGCCCGGCCAGGGCUUGGGCCUGAGCAUUGUGGGAAGGAGGAAUGACACAGGAGUGUUUGUGUCCGAUAUUGUGAAAGGAGGAUUGGUGGACACUGACGGCCGCCUGAUGCAGGGCGACCAGAUCAUAUCAGUCAAUGGUGAGGAUGUCAGGUCGACUACUCAGGAGGCCGUAGCUGCACUACUCAAGUGCUGUGUGGGGCCUAUAAACCUGGAUGUAGGGAGGUUCAAGGCAGGCCCCUUCCACUCAGAAAGAAGGCUGUCUCAAAGCAGUCAGAUGAGUGAAACGGGCAGCACCAAGAUGGCCUCUCUGUCAUGUUCCGACUCUGGGAACCUUCCCGGUGACCAUGACAAACUGAGUCGGAGUCCGGAUUCUCCAGAGCACCAGGACACCAGGACAGUUGAGUUCAUUAAAGGUCCCAGUGAUUCUCUGGGUAUCAGCAUAGCGGGGGGCGUGGGCAGCCCCCUGGGUGAUAUCCCCAUCUUUAUCGCCAUGAUGAACCCAGUCGGCCUGGCUGCUCAGACACAGAAGCUCAAGAUUGGGGACCGCAUUGUCAGUAUCUGUGGAACCUCUGCUGAAGGCAUGACCCACUCACAGGCUGUCACUCUGCUCAAGAACGCCACAGGCACAAUACAGCUGCAGGUGGUAGCGGGCGGUGACACUACUGUGACGGGUCCCUCUCAGGAGCAGGCAGCUGGAGGUCUCACGCCCAGCUGCAUCUUCCAGGAUGACCCCGGCCCACCUCAGUAUAAGACCAUCAAUCUGGAAAGAGGACCAGACGGACUGGGUUUCAGUAUAGUCGGAGGGUACGGCAGCCCCCAUGGAGACUUGCCGAUCUAUGUUAAAACUGUUUUUGGAAAGGGGGCAGCAGCGGAGGACGGCCGCCUGAAGCGAGGAGACCAAAUAAUGGCCGUUAACGGGCAGACUCUGGAGGGCGUCACUCAUGAAGAAGCCGUUGGCAUCCUGAAAAGGACCAAAGGAACCGUCACGCUCACUGUGCUAUCAUAGACACACAUAUGCAAUAACCCAUACACACACACACACACACACACACUAUCUUCACAACUGUUUUUACACUUCUUAUCAAACCCAAUGUUAAUCUACAUCUAUAGAGACUGAAACUUACUCAAACUGGCAAGUAUUUCACAACUGGCAGAUUCUCCUAAAAUCACCAGAUGUUCAUCUGUGACAACACGUAUACUGAAAUAGGAACAACAUUUUCUGAUAAUCAUGGAGGAGCUUAAUGUAGCUUUGAACACUGUGAUCCACGUAAGCCUACAGCCAGUAGACUUAUGUACAGUACGUCUCAUAAUACAAUUGCUUUUAUCACUGAAACAGUCCCCCAAAAUAGUAUGAAAGCUAGAUGCAUGAAAUCAUAGUUUGCCAUACAGUGGUUUGAUUCAUUGUAUGAAUCUCAAAGAGGUUGUAAAUAGUAUUAGAAUUAUAGUCCAACUCAGUUACAUUCCGUGGCUCUGGAUUGAAGUAUUCACUGAACAUACUGGCUCAAGUAUUUUGCCGUUUCCUGUGUAGAAAUGAAUGGCUUGUGAGAUCAUUAUUUUACAACAGAGUACACAAGAGCAAAAUCUGAAUAGAGGAGAGGCCAAUUUGUAUCUACUUAUAGGGGUCACCUCCCACUAAAUUUAGAGCAUGAAACAGCAUGAAAACGCCGAUGAGGUAAUUAACAGAAAAGCAGAAUUUAGCUAAUGGCUGUAUUAGCUGAUAACAGCAUUAUUUGUCUUUUACAUUGCACUGCUGUUGGCAAUUCAUCGUGCUGAUUUUCCUGAAAGGCCGAUGCUGCUGUAACUGGUGUGUUAAUCAACUUGUUUUAGAGAGAGUAGCCAAUAGAGCAUUUUUAGGUGCUCAUGGCUAGAAGUCUGGAUGUUGUAAAUACACAGAAAGAUGUGAAAUCCUUAAAACUAAGCGUGGUUUGAGUGCACAUUUGACAAGAUGAGGAAUUUUGCGUGUAUGUAUGACCUACUCACUGAAAUAUAGUGCUGCUAAAGCCGAUAUAUAAGGUAUUAUCUCAGUAUUUUGAUUUUUUUUUAAAGUAUUAAUUAAUGUUCCCUUCAUGAAAGUGCAAAGCAAAGAAAAUGACCUGCUAUCUAGGCUUGAGUGGACGUGUUUAAUUAGUCAAAUGACUAUAUAAUGGACCUGAGCUCAUUUUGACCUUUUUGUUUACCCAAAACAAAGUCAUCUGGUGUGUAGUUCCUGAAGUCAGUAGGCUUGUGUUGUGUGGUCUAGUUUAUGAGCAAGUUGUCUGUUCUCCGUCUUAUCACCUUAUGUUAUGUGUCUCUAGCACUGUCAAUGUGACAGUGUCGAAUAUUAUUCACACUGAAUUAAAUAAAAGUGACCUUUGGAUUCAA